UACGGGGCUUCACCAAACAUACUCUUAAAGGGGAAAUCUAAAAGGUUGCAAAUCCAUCGUCUUCCUCCCUCACUCCCUGGCUCCUGCCUUAUCUCCUCCUCCCCUCCACAAAUUUCGAAAUUCCGGCCUAAUCCCGGCGCCAUGGGAGAAGAGCGAGCUAUUCUGCAUGUUAAAGCCAUCCCGGGCAUCAAACUCUUCGAAACCGCGCGCAAUGCGCCUCUCUGGGAAAACGGGCGGCUCAGCGGUCGUUUCAGUGGCGGUGGCUGCCGGAGUGGUGACGCCGCUCAUUUCGCGUGCGUUUCGUUGGUGGAGAAGAGUGAGCAGAAGGAUUUCGGCCUCACGCAGGCUCAGCUCUUGAAGCACCCCUUGGCUGCUCUUCAUUAUGUGCCCAGAGAUGCUGCCAUUUUUGUAGCCGGCGCCGUGGCCGGAGCAGCUGCGAAGACCGUCACAGCUCCGCUUGACCGCAUCAAGCUUCUGAUGCAGACUCAUGGAGUGCGAGCUGGGCAAGAAAGCGUUAAAAAGGCUAUUGGUUUCAUUGAGGCCAUGGUAUUAAUUGGGAAGGAAGAAGGAAUAAAGGGGUAUUGGAAAGGCAACCUCCCUCAGGUGAUAAGAAUCAUACCUUACAGUGCUGUCCAGCUCUUUGCUUAUGAAACUCUCAAGAAACUCUUUAAAGGAAAGGAUGGUCAGCUAUCUAUCAUUGGAAGGCUUGCGGCAGGUGCUUGUGCUGGCAUGGCAUCUACUUUUGUAACAUAUCCUUUAGAUGUCCUUAGAUUGCGCCUAGCUGUUGAACCUGGGUACCGAACAAUGUCAGAGGUUGCCUUAAACAUGUUACGAGAGGAAGGAGUUGGAUCCUUUUAUUACGGUCUUGGGCCAUCUCUUCUUGGAAUAGCUCCAUAUAUUGCAGUGAACUUUUGUAUAUUUGAUUUGGUGAAGAAGGCUUUGCCAGAGAAAUAUAGAGAGAAGACCCAAGUAUCUUUAUUAACAGCUGUGGCAUCAGCUGCUAUUGCCACUCUAACAUGUUAUCCUUUAGACACCGUGAGAAGACAAAUGCAGCUGAAGGGUACACCUUACAAGUCAGUUUUGGAUGCCAUUCCAGGUAUUAUUAAACGGGAUGGGGUUAUUGGCUUGUAUAGAGGUUUUGUUCCCAAUGCGUUGAAAAACCUACCAAAUAGCAGCAUUAGGCUUACUACCUUCGACACAGUCAAGCGUGUAAUUGCAGCAAGUGAGAAAGAGUUUCAGCAAAUUGUGGAGGAAAAUCACAAAGAAGAAACAGGACACCGGCAUUAAACAAUUAUGAUCCUGAAGUCAUUAUAUUUAAACUAUUCAUCUCUGCCUAUUUUUUCUCAUUCUGGUUAUUUUCCAUCACAGCACCAUGUGAUUUGCAGGAUUCACAUUUUACCAAAAUUAUCCGUACAAUAUGUGAGAAUCGUCAAGCUACCACAGGACACUUAUUCUAGCAUCCCCUUUGGUAGAGAAAUGGCGCUAUGGUUGCAGGUGCCGUUUCCAUGUAGCAUUCCAGUUCCGCCCAUUUGUAGGUGGGGAAUUCAUAGUGCUUACUGCUUAGGAAACAUUUUAUAUACGUAGACUCUCAAGCUUCCAAUUGUUUGUUGUACGAGGGAUGUACCAUUGUUAUUAAGUCUAAAAUUUUUCCCAGUUAACUGGAAUUCUUAAAGUUU